CUCGCCUUCGAUCUCACAGUGAUUUUGUUGAUCAUCGUGGAGCAGUCGGUGGUGCUCCGCCUCUGGUAAAACAGCAAAAAGAUCUUCCCUCCCCGUGGAUGAUCGAUCCCACCUCGUCCUCACCCCGCCCCGGUUGUUUCGUCUUCCCCCGCGUUAUGAAGCACCAUGGCCGACCCGAGCAUGUAUAACUCUUUCGGCCAAGGUGCAGUGCCUGGUGAGGCCUCGACCGAUCCCAACCGUACAGCUCACCAGGUUCCUCCACAAGGCUAUCCUGCUGCUGGUGUUCCUCCCGGUAUUUCCCCUCCUCAGCCCGGUGCUAUGUACGGAGCCCCUCAACAACAACAACAACAACAAUGGUCCGGAUACGGGGCCCCUCCGCCAGCCCAGCAGCCUCUGCAACCGCCUCACGGUCAAUUCGCCUAUCAGACCGAUUCGAUGGUUGCCGAAGGUGUGUCUCCAGAUCCCGCGAUGGCUGGUUUGGCAUCUCAGAUGAGUGGGUUGGGCAUAAUUGGAAGUGAUGGCGGGGCUCGGACAUCAAAGAAGAAGCAUCGUCACGCACACCACGAGAUUGCAGGAGCUUCGACCUCAGCUUCGCAGUCCCUCGGCGCAGUCCCCCAAGCCGGUUUACCGCCAACGUCCCAAUUCCUGAACACCGGGCUGAAUCAGGCCGCACGCCCUAUCUCCCCUGCAGCCGGGAUCCCUGCCCCAGUGAACCCGGCGCUCGGAGGAGCCGAUGUAGGCUCCGUUCCUACACAGGGCAAGAUUGAUCCAGAGCAGAUCCCAAGUAUCCCUCGGUCUCGCGACCUCCCGUCUCAGUACUACUUUAACCAUGUGUACCCGACGAUGGAACGACACCUUCCUCCACCGGCAGCGGUUCCUUUCGUGGCGCACGACCAGGGCAACUCCUCCCCGAAGUAUGCCCGACUUACAUUGAAUAAUAUCCCUUCGACAUCCGAUUUCCUCUCUUCUACCGCACUCCCCUUGGGCAUGAUCCUGCAACCUCUAGCCCGUCUCGACCCCGGCGAGCAACCGAUCCCCGUGUUAGACUUUGGCGACGCCGGACCGCCGCGAUGCCGCCGGUGCAGAACAUAUAUCAAUCCGUUCAUGUCAUUCAGGUCUGGAGGCAACAAGUUCGUCUGUAAUAUGUGCACAUUCCCCAACGACGUAACGGCGGACUAUUUCGCGCCUAUCGAUCCCUCCGGGUCCCGUGUCGAUCGCAUGCAGCGUCCGGAGUUGAUGAUGGGAACUGUCGAGUUCCUGGUUCCCAAAGACUACUGGAACAAGGAACCUGUCGGUCUCCAGUGGCUCUUCUUGAUUGACGUCAGCUUGGAAUCAGUCAAUCGGGGUUUCUUGAAGGGCGUAUGCAAGGGUAUAAUGGAAGCUUUGUACAGCGAGGAGCCUUCGGAGAACCCGGACGACGAGUCUGCGGCGCGGAGAAUCCCCGAGGGUGCUAAGGUUGGCAUUGUCACUUAUGACAAGGAAGUUCACUUCUACAAUCUCAGUGCACAGCUUGAUCAAGCUCAAAUGAUGGUGAUGACGGAUCUCGAAGAGCCCUUUGUCCCCCUCAGCGAGGGUCUGUUUGUUGACCCCUAUGAAUCCAAGAACGUCAUUACCUCUCUGUUACAACGAAUCCCCACCAUCUUCUCCCGUGUCAAAAACCCACAGCCCGCAUUGCUUCCUGCAUUGAAUGCCGCUCUCUCUGCAUUGCGACCUACUGGUGGUAAAAUUAUCGGCACAAUUGCCAGCCUACCGACAUGGGGCCCUGGAGCUCUUUCACUUCGGGAUGAUCCCAAGGUCCAUGGAACCGACGGGGAAAGAAAGCUGUUUACGACGGAACACACGGGCUGGAGAGAAACUGCCGGUCACCUGGCAGAGGCUGGCAUCGGUGUCGAUAUGUUCAUUGCAGCGCCGAGCGGCACAUAUAUGGAUGUAGCGACGAUCGGUCAUGUUCCCGAAGUGACGGGUGGAGAAACGUUCUUCUACCCCAACUUCCAUGCGCCCCGCGAUAUCCGCAAGCUGUCGCAAGAAUUGGCCCAUGCGAUCACGCGCGAAACGGGCUAUCAGGCUCUGAUGAAGGUCCGGUGCUCCAACGGCCUUCAGGUGUCUGGAUACCAUGGCAACUUUGUGCAGCACACGUUUGGUGCCGACCUUGAGAUCGGAGCCAUCGACGCCGACAAAGCGAUUGGGGUAACCUUCAGCUACGAUGGGAAGCUCAAUCCCAAGCUGGACGCUCAUUUCCAAGCAGCUCUGUUAUACACCUCGGCUAAUGGUCAGCGUCGGGUGCGAUGUAUCAACACGGUGGCGGCAGUCAAUGAGGGUGGUCUGGAAACCAUGAAAUUUGUGGAUCAAGAUGCAGUAGUCAGCAUGAUUGCCAAAGAGGCGGCCUCGAAAACGGUGGACAAGCCCCUCAAAGAUGUCCGGGCCAGUGUUACAGAGAAGAGUGUGGACAUUUUCAGUGGUUAUCGGAAGAUCUUCUCCGGCUCGCAUCCUCCGGGUCAGCUGGUACUGCCGGAGAAUUUGAAGGAGUUCUCAAUGUACAUGUUGAGUCUCCUCAAGUCACGCGCCCUGAAAGGGGGCCAGGAAGCGUCUGAUCGGCGGAUUCACGACAUGCGGAUGCUCCGCUCCAUCGGCUGCACGGAACUGUCUUUGUACCUGUAUCCCCGCAUCGUCCCCAUCCACAACAUGCAGCCGACGGAUGGGUUCCCCAACGAACAGGGUCAACUACAGGUGCCCCCCUCGCUGCGGGCCAGCUUCUCGAAAAUCGAGGAGGGCGGGGCGUACCUGGUGGACAAUGGCCAGCAGUGUUUGCUGUGGCUGCAUUCGCAGGUGUCACCCAAUCUCCUGGAAGACCUGUUCGGUGAGGGCCAGAACUCGCUGCAAGGGCUGAGUCCCCAAACGUCGACCAUUCCCGUGCUGGAAACGCACCUGAAUGCGCAGGUGCGCAACCUGCUCCAGUACUUGUCGACCAUCCGGGGCUCCAAAGCGGUGACCAUCCAGCUGGCCCGCCAAGGGCUCGACGGCGCGGAAUACGAGUUUGCGCGGAUGCUAGUGGAAGACCGCAACAACGAGGCCCAGAGCUACGUCGACUGGCUGGUGCACGUCCACCGGCAAAUCAACUUGGAGCUAGCGGGGCAACGCAAACGCGACGAUGCGGUGGGAGAGGGGGGGAUCACGAGUUUGGCGGGCUUACGAGCACCUUAUUGGUGAAAAACCCCCCGGGAUGAGAAGACCCCGGAAGGGAGUGUGAUAUCUAACCAUUGAAACUAUCCAUGUCCGAACGAAGAUGAGGGGAAAG